AUGGAUGAUUUGACCCAAUUAGACAUAUCGGGUCGGAUCGAACCCGAUGGAAUAGAAGAUAAUACGCGCACCGCCGCCAUGGCUGAUGAGGAACCUGUUGAUCAGAAGAGAUUUCUUGAAGAGUCUUGCAAACCGAAAUGUGUGAGACCGUUACUUGAAUAUCAGGCAUGCAUUAAAAGGAUACAAGGGGAUGAUUCCGGGCAGAAACACUGCACUGGACAAUACUUUGAUUAUUGGUAUUGUGUUGACAAAUGUGUUGCACCAAAGCUAUUCCCCAAAUUGAAGUAA